UCGAGGAGCUAGAGAGGCUGUAGCGGUGGUGCGUUUUGAGCAGUGUUUUCCCUGUUGCCUUACUGACCACCUCCAUGCUGUGCUUGUGUGCCCCAGGGUCAACAGCAGCCUGUCCAGUGAUGAGCUCCUCCUGGAAGACUUGGAGACAGAAGGGGAGAGGCAGCUGAAGAGUCUCCUUCACCACCAGCUCGAUACUACUGUCUCCAUCGAGCAGUGCAAAUCAAAGCGGAGAUGCUUUGCCCCCGCAGCUUUUUACAAACCUUUUGGGGAAGAGGCUGCGGGGGCUUUGACCUUGUCGCAGUUCCAGGCCCUGCAGGAGAGCAACAAAGAAACUGCCUCUCUCCGGGAACUGGGGCUCUCCGACUCGGAGAUCCUGCUCUGGAAGAACCGGACUUCAACAGGGAAGGGCUUUGGUCUGGGAGCAGCCCCGGAGGCCACGCAGGACCGACUCCAUGCCAUCCAGGAGAAGAUGGAUGACCUGCUCUUUGGGGGAUGGUUCCUAGUUGCACCCACUCCAGGAGCUGGCAGCAAGCAGCUGAGCCGGCGGGAGAUGGAGAUUGAAAAUGCCCUCUUUCAGGGAACAGACCGCCACUCCUUCCUCCGCGCGCUCUACCACCAAGAUGACACUCAGAAGCGGGUAACAGAUGAAAAGGACCCCAUGGUUCAUCUGGAGAGUGUUUACCAAGAGCUACUGAGCAAGAAGUGGCCUGAAGAAGUCCAGCCUACCAAGAGUGACCCAUGCUUGUGCCCUUCCCUGGCCCUGCAGGGACCUGUGGCUGAGGAGUCAUCACUUCCAGACCAGGAAGAGCAGGCAGAACAGGCAAGAAGUCCCAGCCUUCCUUCAACAAGGCCCCACCAGUCCCCUCCAAGGCCUGUGAUUAUCAAAGAGCCUGUAGAGUUUGUCCCGGAAGAGGAGAUCUGUAAGAACCGUCUCUCAGAGGAAGAACUCCGGAAUAUACCCAGGUUCUCAUCCUACCAUCCUGGGGAGCCCAACAAGGUGCUGUAUUUGAAGAACCUGGGCCCUCGAGUGACGAUGAAGGACCUAGUGUCCUUGUUUGCUCGGUUCCAGAAGGAGGACAGCCCACUGAUCCAGUUCCGCCUCCUGAGCGGCCGGAUGAGGGGUCAGGCUUUCAUCACCUUCCCUGAUACUCAGUUGGCCCAGGAUGCCAUGCUGUUGGUGAACGGGUACAAUCUGCAGGGAAAGCCGCUGGUGAUUGAAUUUGGGAAAAACAAGGGGCAUUUGCCAGAGGCUGACUCUGCCAUCCCCUGCUCCUCUGCUGGACAGAGCUCCCCUGCCAA